AUGGUUGACGAAGUAACAAAAAAGACUCUUUCGAAUAUUCCAUUAUUAAAAACAAAAGCAAGUCCACGUGAUGGUGAACAAUGGCGUCAACGAUUAAAAGAAGAACUUCAAGCAUUAAUCCAUUACGUGAAAAAUAAUAAAGAUGCUGAUAAUGAUUGGUUUCGACUUGAAUCAAAUACCGAAGGAACACGUUGGUGGGGCAAAGCAUGGACUAUUCAAGAUAUGUUACGUUAUGAAUUUGAUAUCGAAUUUGAUAUACCUGUGACAUAUCCGAUGACAGCACCGGAAAUUGCAAUACCUGAUCUAGAUGGAAAAACAGCUAAGAUGUAUCGUGGUGGAAAGAUUUGUAUGACGGAUCAUUUUCAACCGUUAUGGGCUAGAAAUGUACCUCGUUUUGGCAUUGCUCAUGCACUUGCUCUUGGUCUUGGUCCAUGGCUUGCUGUUGAAAUACCGGAUUUGAUUGCUCGUGGUAUUGUCGUACAUAAAGAACGAACAGCACCAACGACAAGUGGUGAUAACACUGCAUCGGCAAAAUAA